AUGGCUGUUGGUGGCUGUUUCUGUGGCAAUAUUCGUAUCGAAUUCAAUGGCCAGCCCAUAACGUCGGGACUGUGCCACUGUCUCGAUUGUCGCAAACUUACCGGAUCACACUACUCAUACAGUUUUGUCGUCAAUACUGCAGAGUUGAAAGUCACUGGAAGUCCAAAAGAAGUGCCCAAAAUAUCGGAUAGUGGAAAUACCGUCAGGAAUUAUUUCUGUCCUGACUGUGGCACGCCCCUAUAUGGAUGGAAGAUCAAGCCUGACGGAGAACCUAAUGAUGUUACAGUCGUGCGGGCGGGAAUAUUCGAUGACAUCGAAAUGUUGGAUCAACGGAAGCCCGAAGCGGAGUUAUUCUGCGGUAGCCGACUCAAGUGGAUGAAUCCCAUCGAGGGAGCUGCUCAAUUUAGUGGCAUGCCGCCAUUUCUAUAG